AGGGUGAUAAGAAGUGACAAUUGCUUGUGAAAGAGAAAUAGCCCAUUUUCUCUGUGUAAAUCAAGUCUGCUUCAAAGCCCGAUUGCUUUCUGACCUCUAAAUAUUUUUAGUUUCAACCUGACUCCUCUUGUUUGAUUCCGAUUAGAAAUAGCUAUAACUAUUAUCAACUCCAGAUUUUUUUCGAUCCAAGGAAACUGAAAAUCAGAGAAAAAUGGCUACGGCAUUCAGCGGCGAUGAGACUGCUCCUUUCUUUGGCUUCCUUGGCGCUGCUGCUGCACUUGUUUUCUCCUGCAUGGGAGCUGCGUAUGGAACCGCGAAGAGCGGGGUUGGUGUGGCGUCCAUGGGUGUGAUGAGACCCGAGCUGGUUAUGAAAUCGAUUGUGCCCGUGGUUAUGGCUGGAGUUUUGGGUAUAUACGGUUUAAUUAUUGCUGUGAUUAUCAGUACUGGAAUUAAUCCCAAGGCCAAGUCUUAUUAUCUCUUCGAUGGAUACGCUCACCUCUCUUCUGGUCUCGCUUGUGGCCUUGCUGGUCUCUCUGCUGGUAUGGCAAUUGGCAUCGUAGGGGAUGCAGGUGUUAGAGCUAAUGCACAACAGCCGAAGCUUUUUGUUGGGAUGAUCCUCAUUCUCAUCUUUGCUGAAGCAUUGGCCCUCUAUGGCCUCAUUGUUGGCAUCAUCCUCUCCUCCCGAGCUGGUCAAUCAAGAGCUGACUAAAAGAGGUCCUUUUGGUAGUUGUGUCUGUUUUGAAUCUCUUGAUUCAUUGAGAAAUAUUCUAUAUUAGUUAAGAGUGGGAAAUUUUUACCGAAAGGCCUCCAGUGUGAUUUCUGCCAAAUGAAUUGGUUCAGUCGUCAGUGCUAUUGCUGUAGACUGUAGUGAACUACAAGGUUAGGUAUUAGUUCUUCCCUUAAAUUAUAAGCUGUGAUUGUUUCAUUAUUCAUGUUGUAUUUUGUGGAUUUAUUUGAAGUGCUUGUAGGAAUAUUGGCCCAUAUUUUCUCCCUAAUGGGUUUUGCGUGAGAUAAAAAUUGUGAAGCAACGGUCCUUUUAUUAA